AUGGUGAUCCGUCCUCGCCAGCACAUCGACAAGGAAAGGCUGGAAGAAAGCCAAAAAGAAACUGGUGACAGCCAAAAAGAAACUGGUGACAGCCAAAAAGAAACUGGUGACAGCGGAAUGGUGAGUUGCUCACACAGCAAGUGA